GCCGGUCUAAAGACGCGGUGAGAACGUCACGGCCAUUCCCGCAUCACCGCGAGACCAUGACGAAUCAUGUCGACGUUAAUCUGGCCGCCGAUAGCGCCAGACGAACUCCUCCAAAAGCAGGAAGAUAACAUUGCGCGCGAGCUCGAAUGGCUCCUCGAGGCGCUGCAGGACACGCUGCAAUCCCUCAAAGACGGCCUACAAGAAUGCGCCGACUUGCUCGCCCCCCAAGACCCGGGGUCGACGCUCGUGCUGAGCUCCUUGCGGUCUGAGCAGCUCAAAGGCUACAUCACCCGCGUAGGCACACGCAUCAUGAAGGGCGAAAUCAGCCUGCGACUCCCCAGCAUCCCCGUGCCCCGAGGCCAGACGGCCUUCCGUCUUGCCAUCUCCAACCUCCCCGCCGCCUCCACCCUCUUCCUCGAACAGCUUGCCACCACUCGCACCCUCAUCAAUGCCUGCCUCGAUGUUGUAGACGCCACGCGCUGGACAGGCGAUAGGAAGAACGCCGACUUCAUCUCUGGUCAGAUGAUGUUACUGCACGACAACAUUCAAGAAGCAAGAGGCGCAUUGAGAGGAUGGACGGCGGAUCAGAAAGCGUGGCAUGAAGACCCUGUGCCCGGCGAUGCUUUCCAGCCUCCGCUCCCCGAUCACAUCUCCUUCCACCUCACCAUCUCCGAAGCCGCUAUUCUCUUGAACGUGCGCACGCUCGAGCCCGCCUACUCCACCACCGGCACCAACACCCCGCUCUCCUUCGUCUCCAGUUCAUCUGGACAGCAUUCCUACACCGGCUUCUCCCUCCGCGAUCGAUUGUCUGCCGUGCUGGGAGGGGGCCGACAAGUGUUCCACGACGAGGCCCACGAAGUUUUCCAGUACAAAGGGCAAGAAGUGCGCGUGAGGGAAAAGGUGCGAGUGGAGAGUCAAGAUCCCAGUCUGAUGGCGGCUUAUGCCAAGUUGGGCGCUUUGGAGAGGAACAUUGCCGUGGCGAGGAGGGCGUUGGGUGUGGUGAUGGGCAAGGGGUUGGAUGAUGUCGAAGACGGGUGAGGUAGGAACGAUGACUAUGAUUUGUGCACAUGUUCAGAGAUAUGCUCGACGGGCAACAAGUGUGACGUGAUCAGUCCUAGGACCACCGCCUGAAUCGAGCUGCCAGGCUAGACUUGCCGGAAGACGACAGGCAGCCGGCGACAAUACGGAUGAUUCUAUGACCCGAUUCCAAUCGAGCUCGAAGCUUUAUCCGGAACAUACAAGGCUUGUCGGUCGACUUCGCUAAAGCGUUGUAUAUUUGCAUGGCUAGGUACUCUACUCCAUCAUCAAGACUGGGUGGCAAAGUCCAGCCUUGCUCAGCGCUCGGCAGUCUACAGCUGACCAAUCAGCGAUCGCGAAUACUUCUUAUCGCGUCGAUUAUCAAUCUCCAGAAAAUCCAUGAAUCUCAACCUCAUCAUUCGCGC